CUUCGACAAUCUAACUCCGCCUUUCAACAGCCUUUCUUAUCUUUAUCCUUUUGUUCCCCUAUCAUUUCUGAUGCCAUGAAAAUGCACCUGAUGUCGGCAAAAGUACAAAGACUCAGACAUAUAUAGCUAACAUUCCAACAGCAUCCAACGACAGAGCGACUUCGUUGCAAUCUCAGGAUGCAUGAUUCGCCCUUUCUCCUGUAUCACAAAGAAACUUUCUUGUUACGAGGGACACAAAGGAACCAAUGCAUAUAUAUUAGGCUGGAGCUUCGCCUGAUCCCUUUCAAAACCACCUUCAUCACCACCUUCCUUUCCAAUGGACCAGAAAACUCCUGAACGCGCUACUCAUUCUGAAGUGUAUACUACCGAUGAUAUAUUCUCGGAUAUGAAGUUCAAGUUUGGCAGUCCCCAGUCUACCGAUUUUUCGAGUGCACAUUUGUCUCAGUUCACUCUAACCUCGUCUCAAGGACCCAAUGACUAUGAGUCCAGAGUCUCGUUGUCACAACCACCGUGCCCGCUCACACAGCCCACGGGAGACGUGGACGUCUAUCUACCGUUGUCUCAGGACGAGGGGACGACUUCGGACUAUGAGAUAGCGGGAGGGAAUGUACCUUCCUCGUCUCAGCGCGAGCAGUACACAAGCGAAGAUGGCAUGGAUUCAGACGAUAUUUCACGGGCUCAAGGUAAUCCAGAAUCCGGGCUGCUCAACGGCGUCCGCGGGCAAUUAUUGGUUACUUUGAACGCCGCGACGGACGCAAUUCUGAAUGCCCUGGCCCGUGCUAAAAACAUCCCUAACGAUGACCCGGAGCUCGAGAAUCUGUUAGAGGCGUGGCGCGGUAUAGGGUCAUUGGCGAUAGCUCUCAGAAAGACUUUGCAUACGAGGCUGGAAGUUGCUCACGACCCUGACACUGACAAGUAUUGGAAGAGUAUCUAG